GUUUUCUUCCAAAUCAAUCUCCAUAUUUGCUUGGCGUAAUCUUUCCAUCACAGCAAGCCGCUCAUUAGCAAAUCUGUAAAGUUACCUUCAUAUUCAAUAAUACAAAUGCAAUUAAAAAAAUUUCAGUUAAUGUUGGGAAAUUAAACAAAAUGCCAGAAACUUGCUGUAAGUUUGCCAAAGAAUGCCGAACACAGAAUUCCAAUGAAGUGAGUUCGAAUGAGAGUGCGAAAAGUGCGUGCAGCUACAAGCAACGAAUUGCGUUGAACAGACCAAAAUAUGCGCAAACUGACGAGGUGACGCAACUAAAUUCAAAUGAUAUUCAAUAUGCGACUACUCCCAAUGCGACCACUAAGGAAUGCAGUGGAGUGUCUAAAAGUCGUUGCUGUUUCUUAGAUAGUAGUGAUUCUGUAUACGAGGCAAAAGUUACAUGUUGUUGUCCAAGUCAUUCGGAGGAAUCGAAUUCGUGUUGGAAAUCGAAGCGAAGACAGAUAAUACGAGAAAGUUCUCAUGCAGCUGGUUUGGACAUAAACGCUAGGACAACCAACGAGGCAGCACCAACACUAGCAGCAACACCAAAAAGAAUAGCAAAAGUGACUUCGUCACACUUGCCAACAUUUCGAGGCAGAAAUGGGAGCUGUGGCAGCCACACGUUGCUAACGGCCCUGCAACGAGAGGCGCACCAGCAGUGUGAGAGAGUGAACAGAAAAAUUUCCACUUCGCUCCCAACAACGCCAAAUUUAAGUCAGUUGCGGCGGCCGAAACCUGUACAAUACCAGAAGUUGGCAGUGGAGGCCAUAGAUUUGGAUGAUGCGCAACAAUUGCAGCAGCUGAGGCAGUUGCAGAAUCAGCAGUCCGCUAACAGCCUGCAACAGCUGCAGAUGUCAGCAACGAAAUUGCAAAACACUGCGCGUGUUACUAGCACAGAGUUGUCGGCACAACAGCAAAAACAACAACAUCAACAGCAGCAGCAGCAGCAAAUGAUCAUACCGAAUGUGCUGCCGCCGGUAGUGGGAGUCGAUGAAAAUGGCGCCAAUAAAGUGAGGCAAGUACCAGCAACGGCGGCCACCAAACAAAAGAUAUUCCCCAAAACGAACAACAAUAGCAACAAUGAAAAUCGAAAUGAGCGCGCGGCAGGUGAAAAGUUGUCUACAUUGAUGUCACGCACACUGGCAGCGCCAACGGAUUUGUCGACACAACCACUGAUCGAGCAACAUACAACCGACUACAACAAAAACAAUCAGCAUGAUCAAAAUAAUGGCCACGCGCCCUUAUUAUCAUCGCUGUUGCCACCUCCCGUACCAUUGCCGGCCCCACAAUCAUCAUCCAUUGCAACGUCGACAACCACAUCCGCCACAUCGGCCAACUCAACUGACUCAGCCCACUCGGCGGCAGUCGUUGCCAAAAACACGCUCGCUUUCUGUGAGCAUUGCUGUGAAAGCGCAAGCAUGGCCAGCGGCGAUUAUGCUCAGGGCGCAUACGCUGAAUGUAAAAAGAAUUCGAGUGAUGAGGACCACGAUCGAUGCUAUCGCGAGUUCACCGAUUCAGUCUCCGAUCUGUCGUCAUACCGAUUCGUCUCCGAUGAGGAUGAAGUAAGCGCGUGUAUCGCCGUGAACGAAACAACUGCAAGCGAAGAAAUAUUCAGCCAGAAAACUAAACAUCACAAUAUCAAAAACAAAAACAAUAACAAUAACAACAUAGAACAAGACAGCAUAUUAGCCAAAAACCAACGCCUCUUGUCCUCGCAAUCGCAAUCGCACUCGCGGUCAUCCCCGUCGCCGCCGUCGCCGUCGGCACCACCGCUGUUGCCAUCGUUGUCGGGACAGACGAAUAUUCCGUCGCCAACAUUGUUGUUACCCGCCGCCGUGCAAACAACAAAAAUAGCCGCGUUGCGUCGUGCUUCGCCCACCAUUUGUUGUUAUACAAUUGACAAACCCGUCAGCAUACAUCAUAACGCGACUGUUUUGGAAUACAUACCAAGCGAUACAAAGCGAACGUCGCCAACACCCACGCCUGGGAGCGCAUCCGCAACUGCUCCUGUGCCAAUUCCUACAACUAACACCAUUAGGAGUGCCUACAGAUUGAAACCGCAAGCAAGCGAGUCAAGUGAAUUCCUUUACCCUGAGAGCCUCUUGUCCAUAUCGUUACCCAGCAAUUACGGCAGUGUGAGAAGCAUUGAAAGCCGCCACCUACAGCAUACACAGUGGUCACCUCAGAAUUUCAAACCUCCUCCACCAGAACCACCACCUAAGCCAAAACAAGGGGGCAGACGAAUCUACCAAUCCACAAUAUAUUCGAGUUCAAGUGCAUCAGUGUUGGAAAAUCAGAGACAAAGGGCAGGAAACUUUCACGAGCAGAUUUGUGGCAACUAUCAAAACUUUCAAAGGGAAGCCCAAAAUAUCGAGAAGUCAAACGAGUUAGUCUCUACACCUACGCAGACAUCUGCAUUUGCUCCCAGCGGCGCUGGAAAUGGAUUUCCUGACGAGUUUCGCAACUCCGAUGAACAAUACUCGCGGCAGUUGUCGCGUUCCCUCGAACGCUCCGUUUCACCAGAGCAUUGUGAAUUAUUGAGUUGCUUUGGAACGGUUAAAAAUACCCGAAGAGAGUCGGCAAACAUCACAUCAAAUGCAAAUCAAAACGACAAGUUUUUGGGUGACGUACGAGGUAAAGAAAAUAGUCGCCUCGACGAAGGCAGCGUAAAAAGAAGCGAACCAGAAGUCGAAAUAGAAAAUGACAAGGAAACGAAAUUUGUCGCGCGUAGUUUAAGCGAUAGCAGCUGUUUGGUGUCGGCGGCAACAACGCCAAUUGCCAAUGAAAAGUGUGCCAUCGAAAACAAAAAUAAUUCCCACCAACAUCAACUGACGCAGCAACCACGUCAACAGCUAGAGGAGCCACUCAUACAACCACCAACACCACCGUCAUAUAAUAAGAAUAAUUAUAUUAACAACAACAACAACAACAACAACAACAACAACAACAACAACAACAACAACAAUAACAACAUCAAUAAUAAACAGCGUUAUUGUGGCGACUCCGAGCAAAGUCAACGAAGUGCAACCAACAGGAAGAAAUCAGCGUCGACAAGUGUUUAUGCUGUCGCCACUGUAAGUGAUGGCGCGUUUGAUAUACCUGACACGCAUGUAGAGCUUAGUGGUAGGAAUAGCGCCUGUGGCGAAUGCAACAACAACUAUAAUUGUAAAGCAAGGUGUCGCACUGUAUACAGCCAUACGGCGCCCGCGUCAUCUGCACAUCCUUGUGUUACAAGCGCCGAACCGUCGUGUUACAGCUCGCAGUCAUCAGUAGCCUACUUGUCUUCGUCGCUACCGAAACGUACAUUGCGUUACGAUAGUUACGGUCGUUUGAAGUCGGAACGAGUUUCACGUCUCCCCACUGGGACUAAGUCACUGGCCAAUGGUCGCAAGGCGGCUAGUGAGACGCGUUUGCAUCGUGUAAAUCAUAAUGCCCCCUCAACGUCUAAAUACGAUUUGCCACCCUCUUUGUCGGCCAAUAAUAUUAAGCUAACACCGACUUUGUGCCGUAAAUUUAACUACUUGAGUGAUAAAUUUGAAGACUGUGUUGUGGAGCGUGAAGAACUAGAAUUAGACACGACAGCUGCACGAAGUGAAAACAAUCUGCAACAAAAGCAGCAACUAAUUGUGCAACAUCGCGCUAAAGAUCUUGCCGAUGUCGAACAGAUCUCAACGGAAGCGAACUCAAAUACGACGGAUGCGCUGCAUGCAACCUCUGUCCGAAACACGCCAUCCUGCCACGCAUUCGAUAAAGAAUUGAACCUAAAUUUUACAAAGACUAUACCACCGGAGCAACAAAUUUAUAAAUCUUUCAGUGAUACUCAAAAUUUUGUGGCAAAUCACAAACCAAAUCAAUCAAAUAACAUUAAUAAUAUUAUUGUGGCGAAUCAAUCGAAACGCUUUUUUAGUGACUUCUCGCUCAAAUCGGAAUUUGCUGAAUCAGAUAGUAGUCUGCCGUGUCAGUGUUCCUCUAACCAACCCACUUCACCCACAGAUACGACAUCACCCACUUCGCCUGCAUCGCCAAUCUCACAGCUUUCGCCGAAAUCGUCAGGUGGUUUGAAUCAAAAAAAUUCGCAAUCUCUACCAAGCGUUCCGCAGUCGAACGGCGCACAAAGCCCGCUUUGGCUUAGUAGCGAAACUAUUGGUUCGUUGCGUCAGUCUGAGCCGAAAUCUGGCUUGGACGAUUUGCAAUCGAAUUGUAGUGAUCAGACAACAAUUUUCCACUUGGACAACGAGUGUUCGCUCUCCGCUACAUCUUUGUCGCCAACAUCACAAACUCAACGCCAGUCCCUCGCUGGGUACAGUGCUCACGCCUUACGCAGUCCAGUUGUGCUGAAACGUAUUCCAGCUAUACAUUCGUUCGGGUAUAUUCCGCCAAUCCAGUCGAGCUUGCAGUCUAGUGCUAAUGUACGUGAAAACGACGAAAGAGAGAUUAACAUGGAGAAGCGUAGGAAUACCUUAGAUCGUUUUCAACGUUUGGGCUUCGGUCGUAAAUCCACUCCAGCAUCAAGUGGCGCAUCAUCGGAGAGUAGUGGCUCCUCACGUAAUCGCAAGUCAAACGAAAAAUCAGAGAGAUUGAGAGAAUUAACAGAGCUGCUGCGCGGCGGCAAUAGAUCGUCGCCCACCCCACCGCCAAUACCACCGCCUCGCAAGCCACGACACGGCUCUCAUUCGGCGACCAAUAGCUUGGAGCGCUCCGACACGCAAAUGCAUGCGCCCGCUGUGGGCACCGCCUCUGCUGGCACCUCAUCUCUGGACAAUACGCCAUUGUCAUUUAUGUCAACCCGCACUGAUGACAUCUUGUUGAUGGACCAAGAGGAGCAAACGAUGUCAAGUGCGAACGACUCCACUAAGCGUGAUGCAAAUGACGAUGAAAAGGGCGAUUGUGGUAGAAGCAACGCACUCUCGACAUCAGCAAAAGCAGAAGCAGCCACUGCAGCGGCAACACUAGCGCCAACAACCAAUUUGUACGAUACACUCAAACCGAAUACAAGUCUGUCGAAUUUCGAAUCGUUAAUGUCGAUGAGCAGAGCGAAAUCAAAGUCGCCGCCGCCGCCGCGUUCCUCAGGCGUUAGCGUGAAAAGUUGCUCUGUGAAUGCCAAUAGCGCACAGCUGGCCAACAGUACGGAUAUAGGCACCAAGUUGACGAGACCAGAAUCUCGCACGGUAAUCGGUUCUUAUGCCCAGAAGGGAAUACCAUUUCGUUCGGCGUCGUUUUCGCAAAUCGACAUAUCGUCUGGAAAGUACAAAAAGUCUUCGUGGAGUGCAUUGCGUGAUCGCUUGUGGCGAGAUAAAGUAGUUGGAUCGGUUGAUUCAGCAACUAGUAGAAAGAACCGAGGUAAUGAGGAAGCGGUGACAGUGACAGUGGAAGAGAAAGUGCGAUCCGAACCCGAUUGGAUUUACAUACCGUUGAAGAAGAAAAUUGAAAUGAGUAUUAACUUGAACUACGGUCAGGAUAUGAAGAAUCUAGAAAAUGUCAGCGAAUCACCAGAUACCAUACUCGAGGAGGACAUAUUCAAUACCGAUGUGGAGCAAACGUCAAGUAUUACAGAAGAAUGCAAGGCCGCCGCGUUCAAACCUAAUCUUGUAAUAGCCCAUGCCAAAAUGGAAUCCUUAACAGAUACAAUUCAAUCUGAAAAUGACUAUGCGAUUGAAGCAGGGGAAGUAGCUGUUGCCAUUGAGCCAGUGCCUGCUGUUGUGGAGGCGGAAGCGGGUGCAGUUGAAAAGGCAAAAGUUAUUGAGCAACCAACCAUACUUGAGCCCAUUAACGCCGAAGGUAGGGAAACGAAUGUGGCAACUGUAAUGGAGGAGAGAAUUCCACUGGAAUCACCGCCCGAUAAUUUUCUGCAGACGGCCACUACCUGCCUAAUUCCGGUGCCCGUAUAUGAGUGCGCUGCGCAGGACUGGCGUUUGGAGAACCCGCCACAGGAAUGGGUGGAGGUACAGCCCGAGGAGUUUGGCAUAAUACCGGAGACAAUAGAGCCGCUGCUAUCACUCAGUGAUUGUGUAAAUGUGAAGCCUGUACCGAAAACGGCGCAGGAAUACCGUGUGGAAAAUGUGCCGACAAUUUCGGUAAGUCGUUCUUCAGAAGAGGCGGACGAUAAAUGCAUUUUGCGCAGAAAAGAUGCCUUAGACGAUGAAUUCUGUAAUCCUGUGGAGAGACGGCAAGCUUCAAUAGAUACUGCUGAGUUGAGCAAGAGAUAUAGCCAUGAUGAUAUAGACGUUGGCACAGAGAAACGGGCAUCGUUGGAUGCCAUCACCACACGACACAGUGCAGACGAACGUAAACGCAUUGAUAAGUCCAAGCGACGGAAGGGCAUGUACAUUGACAAUGCUGCUUGGAGCGAGUCUCCCGAUGGCGAUGGCCACGGUAGGGGCUUGGCAUUGGACAUUUCGUUGGCUAAUUUUAAUGCGAUCAAGCCGGACAAAUCAGAGGAAUGUGGCAUUAUGUAUAUUAACAGUCCACCCACUGAUGAGAAUCGCACGCCGGGCUCACUGUGCUCACCCGAAAUAAACACACCGGAAUCGGAUAAACCACCAGUAUGGACAAAGGCCGAUCGCCUUGCCAGCUUUAGUCUACAAAGUUCGGAGGAGAAGGAUGACAUGCAGUGUGGAAUUGGUAGUGGAAGUGGUGGUAUUUUGCGCAACAAUAAAAGUUUUCCUUUCUUACGCACAGACUCGGUGUCCGAUAAUGAGAAUGAGCGCGGACCAAUGCAUGGUCGCGAGCACACCAGUCCCAGUCCUGUGCCUGGUGAUUACGACUUCAAACGCUAUUCCAAACGACCAUUGCGUGGACCUUACGGCCAAAUGCUGGAGAAAGAAAUGAAGAAGCCCAACAAAAUGCAUUUCGAGGAAAUCUUGGAGGACCUGCGCGAGUCCGAGAACUCAACACAAUCGCGUCGUUCACGCAUCGCAUACGACGACUCCAGCACCAUUACGAUGAGUACUACCCGUAAUAUUCCGCACCAUUCGAAUUCGAUGCGUGUUCGCAAAUCGAAUACGUUUCUGCCAGUACCCGCCCAUACAAGAGCCGCAUCCACACCGUCACAAAUAGAGAAUACAAGUAAAGGUGCGGGCGUCGGCAGCUUGGAGAAGAUAUAUGCGCACGAGAAACGCUACCAAAGUACGCUGGACAACUCAGUGACAUCAGAUGAUAAGGAUUAUCUAGAUGCCGGUCAUCAUUAUCAACACCAUCAUCCUCAUCAUCAUCAUCAGCGCGAGGCAAAGCGAGCCGCCUCGGAGGCUCCAGCCCAGAAAAGCCAUCACAAUAAACGUAGCCAAUCGAUGAGCGGCGAGAAAACCGCCUCGGCUAGCGCCCAUGUCGCACAUCAGGCCAAACGCAGCCUCGAUGCAACCACCAGCGGAGGUGCCAAGACCAAAACAGUAGUGCCAUCACAGGAAUUGCUGGCCGAACUGUUGAAAGGCUCUAGCGAGAAGCUGAUAUCCGAGCAACGCCAACAAAUGGCUGCGGAUACGCGCACGCAUGUGGUGCAGGAAAUCUUACGUAAUGAACAGUCCUAUGUGGAAUCGCUGCAGACAAUCGUCACAAAAUAUCUGAAGGUACUCAAGUCUCCCGAGCAUGCUGGCAUGAUCGAUUCACGCACCGUGGAUGAGAUAUUCUUCAUGGUACCCGAUAUACUAGAGAUUCACGAAAAAUUCCAUGCGGAGCUGAAAUCGCGCUGGGAUGGCUGGGAUGCGAACCAGAAAGUUGGUGACGUCUUUCUUGAAACGUUUUCAAAGUUGGAGGUGCUGGAAGUGUACACAUCGUUUGUGAAUAACUGCAAUCGCGCGAAGAAUGCCAUCCGUAGUACGAAACAUCAACGACCUUCGUUUGCGAAAUUCCUCGAAAUGACUGCACGUGAGCAUAAAGGCAAAUUGACGCUAGACAAUUUACUCAUAAAACCGGUACAAAAGUUCCCGAACUACGAAAUGCUCUUUCAAAGACUUAUCAAACACACCGAUUGCGAUCAUCCCGAUCAGAAGCAUUUACAGGAUGUGCUUAAGCUGGUGCAUGACAUACUCGUUCAUAUCAAUUGUAAGGAGCGUGAAAUCCUUGAAAAUGGCCAACGCGAAGCGACUUUGCGCGAGCUCGAGGGCGUUAUUGAAGGUAUCACCGAUCUGAUUACACCCGAUCGGCAAUUUCUGCUCUUCGACUUGGUUUCAAUGCCGUCAGGGCAGGGUGCACGCAAAGAGCGCGGCUUCUUUCUUUUCAAUGAUUUGCUAGUGUUGACGAGUAUUAAGAAGCGUAGCGGCACAAUACGAAAGCCAAAUCCUUCUACCUGCCCCGGUACAGUAGCCUCUACAUUGGAUACCAACAAAUACAAGUUCCUGACAAAGAUCUCUUUGGAUUGCUUAGAAAUUGUGAAGACUAAAGAUGAAAACGUAAAGCGUAUUAUGCUUGAAAUCGAAAAUUUAGCCGAGGACUGCAAUAAGCUACAAAACAUCGCCAGCAUCACUACAUCACUCAAGUACCCACACCAGUAUCUGGAGGAUGUCAUACGUGAACUACUGCGAGAUGUGCAGCGACAGCUAUCAGAGCGUCAGACUAAUGACACACAACUGAAUAUGCUCGAACUGCUGGUCAACUCACCGAACGGAAGUCAGAAACUGUCGAUCGUCUUCAGCAAAGCUGAGAAACGCACUCAGUGGGAGAAGACCUUUAACGAAGCUAAGCAAAAAUUGGCUGCCACUCUCGAACGACAUCCUAUUCCAGAGUUCUUGAUGUCCAUACCAAUACGCAAAACGCGAGCCGGCUUGCAGUUUACUUGUGCCGCAGCCACGCUCAGCGAGAAACGUGACGUGUGGGUGUGCAACAGUGACGGCUACGUCGGACAAGUGUGCAUUAUGUCUCUGUACCCGGAACCAAAUGUGACCAGCUGCAAUGGCGUUUGCAAUGCUCGCAUCCUUUGUGUGGCCUCAGUUCCCGCCUACAACUCGAACAAUAGAAACUCUGCAAACAGUGGCGCGCAGCUGCAACAGCAGGCACAAGCAACGCACCCGCGUAGCGCAAGCACUACGCCGCAACACAGCUACACACAGCAAUUGCGUGAGUAUCGCAAAAGCAUCUCACCGAACUUUCAACCGCCGCUUGCAAUUGGCACGCCGGAGAAGAAGAAGACGCCAUCUUCAACUGUGGCAGGCGCGGCUAAUUCAAUUGGUGCGGGCGCCGCUACCACAACGGACAAUGGAAAUAGCGAAGGCACGGCGGACAACCAAUUGGAUUUGAAUUUAAGCUCCAGCGAUGAUGAGACGGAUACUGGCAUAGUAAAUAUCAGCAGCGUUGGUGGCGCGGCGAGCAGUAAUGGCAGUGGCGUUGUCGAGCGCGUGCCGAGUCCCGCUCCGUCAACGCAGACAGUUGCCUCGGCGACACUGCCCGGUAGCAGUAGCAGUGGCACACCGUCGCAUCACUCGCACCAAGACUCCAAUCCAGAUGAGGGAGAUGGCAACUUAUCAACUAUGUGGAUCGGCACGGAGGACGGUUGCAUUCAUGUCUACAACAGCACCGACAAUAUACGCAUAAAGAAGAAUAGAAUAAAGAUUGAACAUCAGUCGGCUGUAUAUUCCAUAUUGUACCUGGAUAAUCGCGUGUUUGUGUCUUUAGCUAAUGGUGAUAUUUGUGUCUAUCUUCGCGAUGGCGCUGCUUGGAAUACCAGUUCGUCGCACUGUCUUCCAAUUGGCACCGUGUCGAGUCCUGUAACUAAACUGCUAAACGUGCACGGCAGGCUGUGGUGCUCCAUACAAGGCAUUGUCAAGGUUUUGGAUAUGGACACAUUUCUGGUGGUCAACCAAAUACAAGUCUCAUCCGAUUCGAAGCCAGUUACUAAUAUGACGGUAUCGAACAAUUACGUGUGGAUUUCAAUACAAAAUUCGGCGAAUAUAAAGUGUUUUCAUUCCAUGAGUAAUGCGUUAAUAGCCGAAAUAAAUCUGGCACCGGCUGUGAAUAAAAUGCUCUCGAAUUGCGAUGAGAUUAUACGCCAGCACAAGGCCGCAUGCUUACGCGUCACAUCGCUGCUUUCGUGUCGAGACCUCAUUUGGAUUGGCACCAGUGCGGGUGUACUGCUCACCAUACCAGGGCAGGGAUCCGAAAAGGAUGUCCAAAAUGUGGUGCCCACUGGCAUUCCCCAUGGGCAUACGGGACAUGUGCGUUUCUUGACCUUUGUCGAGACGAGCGGUCUAACAUCGGAAGGCAGUGGCAGUAGCACCGGCUCAACGGGACGCGAUGCCGAAACAGCGGUGAGCAGUACGGAUUACAGGAGUCAAAGCACUGCUAAACAUGCGAAGCCAAAAGCGGAAUCCAGCACAAUUUUGGUAAUAUCCGGCGGUGAUGGCUACGAAGAUUUCCGAAAUUCGGGUGCGAAUUCGCUAAGCGAAAUUGCCGGCCGUGAGGAUAGCACCAAUCACUUGCUGAUAUGGCAAAUUUGAAGUAGGCGCCGCAAGAACCGUUGGAAGGAAUUGCUUUCACGGUGGAAAAACAACAACUAGUGGUGGCAGCGUAGUCCGGGCGGAUACCGGCGCAAGCGUGGAAUUAAUCGGCACACGAGCACGAGCAUCUAAACGCAAAUGCAACGCGAGAAUGUGACGAGAUAUUUCCUGCUUCGCAGCUACCGAACGGCUACCAUAUAAGCUAAACCAAAACACAUACACACAUACAAAAAAAAAAAAAAGAAAACUCAAAAACUACAGAGUAGCG